AUGUCGCCACAAGUGGAUACGGCCACUGCCCCUUUUGGGCCUAUAAUAGCAUCAACCGCCGUAGGCUUAGUCGACAAUAGUCUUGCUAUUGAUAGUGGCUCAUUGGCCAGACCUACAUCAGGCGUCGCAGUAUCAUCAAGCUUGACAUCGCAAAGCAUCGAUAAUCCUUUGACUACGACCCAAUCACAGAACGUUGGACAACAGACGACAAGUCCCCCAUCUCCUGACGAGCACUCUAGCAAUAAAGCUUGGAUUGCAGGGGCCGUGAUCGGACCAAUUGCUUUCAUCCUUCUCCUUGCAGGAGCCUUCCUCCUCGGGCGCCGUAGCCGAAGAUCGACUAAAUCGACGACAAGUAAUGACGAAAAGGGCCUGACUGAGCAGAAGCCACCAGAACAAGCAUCCGUGCCCGAACUACACGAAGACAGCAUUCUUCCUUCCCAGGAACUUUACGGCUCGCUUCCAGAGCAUCCAGCUGUUGCCGAAAAACCUUCCAACGAACCGUCGGCUCAAGAGUUACCCGCCUCUACACCGCAGUCCAAGGCGAAUGACAAGGGAAUACGCAACAAGAAAUACGAGGCAGUGAUAACACUGGAGAACUAA